CCUACGUCCAGUUUUUACACUGUCAUGCACAGCCUCCUGCCUUGCUGUCUUGCUUCCGAUCUAUGACACACACAACUCACAACUGACUGCAUUUCACACAUGACUGCAGUUCACACACAUACACAUCCAUCCAUCAACACGAGCACACCAACUAGUAGACACCACUCCUGUGGUGGUUUCUGGCGGCUUCGCGCCGCUGACGCUUCUGGAGAAACUCCUGCACACGCACACAUACAGCAGAUAUCCAUCCAUCCAUCCAUGGGCCGAGGUGAACUGCACUGCAUGAGAUGGCGGCUUACGUGGAAAUCGAACGGUUUCCUGUGUCUCUCCUCAACCAUCUGGUCCAGUACAUCGACCUGACUGCCCGACCACGUCGACGAAAAAGAACCGAUGUUAAACCAUCCUGACAUCACACACAUAUACACAAAGCGACAGAUAAGGAUGCAUCGUUUCUCUCCAUCUCCCCGCACCCCACCCCAGGUGUACCACUUUUUUGUUGCCUUGCCGCGUUGGACUCCUCCAUGGCCUUCUGGUUCAUCUCGACUUGGUUGAGGUGGUCGCGCAUCUCCUUGAUCUGCUGACUGAGGUUGUCGAAGAGCAGCCGUAUCUUGUAAUACGCCUCCUCGCCCUCGUCGCUCGACUGCACUGUCGCCUCACUCUCGACCGACUCACUGUCAGCGGCAGCCGAUAUAUCCUGGUAGCUACUCGUUGCUGCUGCUGCUGUGUGCCUGGCCGUGUGGGCAUCCCUCUGCCACCCCUCAGCUACAUCCUUGUAGUGCUCCAGCUCCUCCGUCUGCUGCUGCAGGGCCUCUUUGACCGACGAUAGCUCCAUGACGAGCCGCCCGCUCAUCAUCUUCAUCUGCGUCAGCUCGUCCGCGUUGUGCUCGAUCCUGCUCAGCAGCUCCUCACGCAGCUGCUGCAGUAGACUGUCCCUCCCGUACAUGCCCGCUGUCUCCUCUCCCCACCGUCGCGCGAGCUGGUCGCUGUCCUCGAUAACCAGCAUCCCGUCGAAGCCAUAGGGCGCUGGUGCUGAUGACGAGAGCUGGAGGGCGUGCUGGUCGGCAGCGGGUGGCAGGGCGACCAAUUCCACUGAAGAAGAGUUGGCGACGGCCUGCAUCUGGGCUUGGGCCUGGUCGUCGAGGCUGCUGAUGCCGACGAGGAACUCGUCACUCACUUGGUCGGGUGCGGCCUCCUCUAUGACUAUGACAGUGGGCGCAUCAACAUCUGACAUGACGAACAGCACCAACACCCAGGCAGUGCGCAGUGCGUGGUUGUCACUCCGCAUGGUGCCAUGUGUAUGUAAAGGUACCUUCCAGUCGAUCUUGUUGCAGCCCUUCUGCCGCUCCCUCCCUGUGUGCGGGAUCGACAAGGUCCCCGGCGCUCUCGAAGACCCGCGACAAUGCAGCCCUGACAGACAGACAGACAGAGAGACAGGGCAGUCAACAUCGUGUGUAUCGUGGCCAUGCAGUAACGCAUCAGCCUGUGUGCAGAUAGCACCCACCUCUCAGGCCAGCUCCUUGCGAGGCGCGGCAUGAGGAGCGUCAGCAUGUCCGUGCGCAUCUCAUCUGUCAUCGCACACAUCACAUGCAUCCAAAGGAUAGCUGUGCUGUCGCUGCUUGGAUGAACUCUCGUCGCCACUUGCGCGAGAAUCCUACCGUCUGCCUCGAUUUUGUCGACGUGCUCCGCGCAGAAGGCGGCCACGGCUCUGAAGAAAGGCGGGGUUCCCAUCCCUACACACACACAAUGCGCAUGCAGUGAUCCAUCCGUCCGUCGUCAUGGAUGUGUGUGGUAGGUGGCUUCUCUCCCUACCCGUGUCAGCGACUUGUUUGAGGACACCCAGCACCUCUGCCGGCGCCGCACCGCUGCCCUCGAGGUGCCCAGCCAUCGCCUCCUGAGCCCGCCUGUACGCCUUGUGCAGCCACACCGGCACACGGCCUGCCUGAUGCAGCCCCGCUGGAUCUGUAUCGUCCUCAUGCUCGGUAGUGGCGGCGUCUUGUUGAGCGCCCUGCGAGGUCUCGUCAGGAUCGUCGUGGCCCUUGCCGACCCAUUGUGGUAUAGGUGCCGCAUGGCUGGAAAGGCAGAAGUCAGUGGCGAUGCGCAGCAAAGCGGACCAUUCAGCCACGUGCGGCCGGGGGGACUUCUGGGUGAGGGGGAUCGAGAUGGCCUGCACAAACGGAGAGGACAAAUGCGGCGGCCGCAGCAGCUUCUGUUGUGUUGUGUUGUGUUGUGUCGUUGGUUUCUUUGCCCACCUGUCUGCAGCAUUCCCCGAAGGCGUCUUGUGUUAUGGGUGUGCGUGCGAGUGCCGCCAGCACCUCCACGGCCCCUCUGAAGUUCAUCUCGCGCCAAUGCAGCGUGCAAAUGCUGAGACACAAGUAGGACACACAGCACAAUACAGGCAGAGGCAUGCAGACUCCUUCCCUCCCUUCGUCCCUACCUGUGCAACAGAUGCCUCCGGAGCUUCUCGUGAGGAAUGGCGUCAUGGUGUGGCAGGAGGCCCACAGAGCACCGCAGAGGGAUGGGCACCCACCUCUCCCUGUCAGCCUUGCUCGCCGCACGACCGUUUGCCGUCUUCCUCACGUCGCUCAGGCACUUGCACAUCUGGUCGUUCAAAAAGGCGACCACGUCGUCCGUCGCCUGCUGCUGCUGCUCGCCACCCCUGGUCGCUUGGCGGACCACCAGCCACGACUCGAGGGCGCUGGUGAGCUCAUAGAGGCCACAAUUCGGGUGGCUAAACUUGCUGCGCGUCAGGCUGGCGAGCAACUCGUGGUCUGCCGGUUCCACGGUGAGGAUGCCCUUGGCGCAUAGGAGGGCAUAUGACCUCAGGGACAGGCGGAUGUCACCGUGGGUGAGUGCGCCUUCCUUCUUCGAGGUGACCGACGCUCUUGUCAGCUGCUUGACAACCACCCCUUUCCACAGGUCUUGAGCGACGUGGCUAAGGAGCGCCGGCAGCUGCCUGUCGAGGCCCCCGACCGCCCGCAGCAUGAUGACCACAUCAUGGGCUCUCAGGUCCGCCUUGAAGGGCUUCAGAGGGUCCAGAAUGACACUCACGAUCGUGCUCAGCAGCUCCUGCGCACUCGCCCUUUUCUCGGCUUGGGAGCCGGCCACAGCUGCGGCCAUCUUGAGCAGCACGCGCCAGUCGCCCUCCAGCCCCUGACCCCAGCCCUCGGACCUGUCCACUCGCCGGCAUAGAGCGGAGCAGACGGCAUCCCACGUGUCAUCGGGCACUCGGGGGCUCUUCUUGAGUGCGAGAGCCACGCCUGUGACUGCACUGACGGACAUGUCGGUCAGUUGUGCCGGGGUGAGCUGAAGCAGCUGGUCGGGGGAAGGCAAACGGGGCGAGAGGGAGGGGGAGGUGUGAGUGGGGCCGGGGUCUGACGGGGGGGAGGGAGCUGCUUCCUUGCGGAGCUGGCGCUCCAUCGCCCUGCAAGACCAGACAGACCAACAGACACACGAGUGAGACGAGAGAAUGCAUCGUGUGCGCUGUGUAUGAGUCUCACCUGGUUUGUAUCUGCUGUGCGAGUGUCUUGUCGGGCAGGUCGGCCACAUACUGCCCGAACUCGGGCAGUGCGGCUAGGUGACCGAUGUGCCGCGGGUCGUCCGCCCGGUCACACAGCAUCUCCAGCUCCUUCUCCACCAAACGCACCAUCCUCUGCCGAAAUGUCCGCACCAGACCGGGCACCUCCUCCUGCCCCUCACCGCCACUACUUCCUCUCCCCCAUUCAUGACGGUCUCUCAUGAGCGUCCGCCUGAGCAGUAUGAAGCACUUGAAGAUGUCCCUCUUCUCGAAAGGAUGUAGUCGGUGCUGAUCAAAGUAGCUCCGACAGUGCUGACCGAUGACGGUCAGGCCCUCCUGCAGCCGGCUGUUGAGGGCGAUCUCGCGGAUGGCGGAGUGGGGGUGGAUGGGGGAGAGGACAUACUGCAUGAGGGAGGUGAAGCUGCUGGCGGCCAAACACAGCUGCUGCGAGCUCUGAGGGCCGGCCGACUGCAUCAAGGGCAAAACCGCACCAUGCCAGAGGGACAAGAGCUGCUGCGGGCCGGGCAGGCCGCUCAUCGUUGCCGGGUCAGCCGCCCCCUUGACGGCAUGCUCGCUGUACGCCCGCACCACAAUCAUGGCCUCCGUCGCGUUGAGCGCCGUCGCGUUGAGGCCCUUCUCGCCCGAUGGGAAGAUCCGUUGAUGGGCCGCCUCAUAGACAUCUCGCGCCACAUCGACCAGCUCAGGUCUUGAAAAGGCUGACACAGCGCUCACGAGCGUCUGUAUGUCCUCACGGCUGACGAAGGGGUCGUUUCUUGCACGGAUCUGCUGGGAGAUGGCCGCGCUGAGGCCGCGCAACGCACCGAUGUCUGUGGACUUGGCGCGCUUGAGUUGGAGCGCCUGCACGACCAGUGACCCCAGAUCAUUGCCAGCAAGAGAAAGAGAAGAGGUAGGCCCUCCCUGCUGCUGCGGGCGGCGGGGGAGAGCAGGUGGUCGUGUCAUGGACUCUGCCGCAAGCCUGGCGGCCCGUGUGGUCGUUGAUGAUGACGAUGCUGGUACAGCAGAAACCAUUGGGAUGGCUGCAAAUCCGAAUUUGACAGCAGAUCUGCUGUCAGCGCAUCAACCUCGUCUUCUCUCAGUCGCUUCAUUCCUUC